GUACAAUCAAAUCAGUACUGGAACCAAGACUUCUGCUUUCUCCUUUUGAAGCAUUAUUGUUGCUUUAUAAGAAUCUGAUGCUUGGUUUGAAACUUCAACGAAAUAUUUCCAUAUUGCACGCCACAAAGGAGAUAUAGCAAUCGAAAUAUCUUCUUUCAACGCCUUGUGAGAAAGAGGUGCAGUACCCGUCCGUGUUUGGUGAGCUGCAGAAGCUUAGGGAAAGAAAGUGAUACGCCACGGAUAUUGGGGUACUUAUUGAUAGAAAUACCUACCGAUCUACACUUCGGUUGCUACUAUUCUUCUCUCAUUAUAUCAACAAACUCAAGUCCACAAACAUGUCUUAUCGCGUUGAACUGGCAACUACUGCGCGGGCUGGAUGUCAAAACAAGGAAUGUAAAGAUGCGGGUGUCAAGAUUCAGAAAAAUGAAUUGAGACUUGGCACUUGGGUUGAGAUUCAGGAACAUGGAGGUUGGCAGUGGAAACAUUGGGGAUGCGUCACUGGAAAGCAACUUGAGAAUAUGAGAAAUUAUCUUGAAGAUAACAAGGGGGGUUAUAUGUUUGAUAAGAUGGAUGGCUAUAAUGAUGGUGGUAAGGGUAGUUUAGAUGAUCAUCCUGAAAUGCAGGAGAAGGUCAGACGAGUUGUUAUUCAGGGAUUUAUUGAUCCUGAAGAUUGGAAAGGUGACCCAGAAAUGAAUACCCUCGGCCAAACAGGAACUCGUACCUCCGAAUCCAAGAAAAAGAUCAAGGAGCAGAAGUCUGCUGAAAUGGGUGAUCUAACUGAACUACAAGCUAAAUGGGAUGAAGCCGAACAGGAGAAGCAGCAACUCAUUGACGAUGGAAAAGGAAAUGGUAUGAAAGUUAAGGCUCUCAAUAAGAAGAUUGCAGAAUUUGCAAAGGAAAUGACUGCCCGUCGAAAGGAAGAGGAAAAGCAAAAUGCAGUUAAAUCGGAGAAGGCUAAUACACCAAAGAAGAGAAGUAGAGUGAAGAAAGAAGAACUUGACGAAGAAGAAGAGGAUGAACAGCCCGCGAAGAAGAAGAGAGGUGGAAAAGUCAAGAAAGAAGAGGAAUCUGACGAGGAAGUUAUGCCUGUUAAAAAAGGCCGUGGAAGAAAGGCUGCGAUUAAGAAGGAGGAAGAUAUUGAAGAUGAUGAGGAAGACAUUAAGCCAGUUCCUGUCAAGAAGUCCAGAGGAAAGGCAUCCGUCGUCAAACAAGAAGAGAAUUCCGAGGACGAGGAGCACACCAAACCCACCUUGUCUAGGAAUUCUCGUGCCAAGAAACCAGUUGUCAAAAAGGAAGUUGAGGAAGAUGAAGAAGAUACCAAACCAGUCCCUGUCAAAAACUCUCGAGCCAAAAUGCCAGUCGUCAAGAAGGAAGUCAAGGAAGAAGAUGAUGACGAGGAUGAGAUCUUAACCAAGACCAAACCAGCUCCAAUUGCAAAGAAAGGUCGUGGACAAUCGAAGAAAGUUAAACCAGAAGCUGAAUCGGCAACGCCGGAUUUGACUUCUGAUAAUGAUACUUCGAAGGAUCAAAAGUUUGAAGUUGGGGAUGAAGAGAUGAAGGAUGUGGAUGAGGAUGAAGAAGAAGAGGAGGUUAAACCUGUUGUUAAGAAGGGCAGAGGAAGACCCGCCAGAAAAACAAGAGCUUGAUCAACGCACUGUGGAUAUACUAGUUUUAACUCGACUAUAUCCAAAUGGCAUAUAUACGACUAAGGACCCUGAUCUAACGGGUAGGUAGUUGCGUCUUACAGCUGCGGUUCUUGGAGGCGGGCCCAUCAGCCAGAAAGAUGUUCCAUGUAGACUGAUGGGACGGAGGAUGGAAUGGAUGGAAUGUAGUAUUGUAAUGGAAUUUUGAGGACUUCAAUAAUGGUUGAGAAAUUGGGGGUGUUGAGCCAUUUAUUUACUUGCUUGUGCUUUUCUUACUUUACUUGCUUAUUUGUUUACUUGUUUACGAAAGAGAGGUCUUUUGCUACGAUUAUAAAUGGAUGAUGAAUAGAUAUCAAGGUGUGUUUCUUUAUGUAUAUGUAUAUCUAUGUAUAUCGAGGACAAGAAUUGAAUGAGGUAGAUGAAAGAUAAAAAAAAUGAGAGAUGUGGAUUGAAAUGCGAGAUAUGAGAUAUGAGAUAUGGGUGUGGGUGUGGGUGUGGGUAGAUAGGAAUUGAUCAAUUAAUCA